AUGGACGUUCGCGAGGAAAGUAAUAAUACGCAAUCGAACGCAAACAAUGCAGCAAUUGAUGGAGCGAUCGAUAUUUCACACAAUCAAAGCCUACCGACGCAGGAAUUUUCUCAAAAUCCGACACCUCCAACAGAAACAGUCUCCGCAACAACAGAAUCGAAUAAUUCGUCAUCGAAUUAUCCGGCACCACAUCCUAAUCCAGUUCAUUUGACAAUCUAUCCACCAAAGAACGGAUUAACUGUCAGUCCGGUUUUCUAUACCAAUCCACCAUCGCGUGCCACUACAAAUUCAAUACGUUCUCAUUCAUAUCCCGGACCACCUACAACAAUUUCAGUAUACUCCGAAAUAUUACGCUCAAGAGCGCCGACUUCUGACGAUGCUCAGAAUCCGUCGUCGAUUCCAUCUUCCAAUGCCACCAGAAAUAAUCCACCGGAACCAACCAAUAAUCCUUCGGAACCAAUUGAACCAUCACGGCAAAUAACUCCUGCCACGCAGACAGUUCAAGAUAGCAGUAAUAAUUUAUUAUCACUUUCCGCAUUUCAUUGCAGUACUGCAAUUGAACCAAUACAGCAAGCUAAAAAAAGAGGUCGGAAACGUUUAAGUGAGAGUGCUAAUGGUGCAGAAGUUGCAAAUAUUGCAUCCGACAAUUCGAUUCCGAAGAAACGUGGAAGGAAACGUAAAGACGGCAAUGAUUGUAUUGCUGGAAAAGCAAAUGAUGCUUCUUCAAAUGAAAUGAAUAAUCGAUCGAUCAGUGUUGCAAACUCGGAAAGAAAUAUUAAAGCAAAUGCAGAAGAAGCUCAAAGCGAACAAAAUCCGAUAAAAUUAAUUCAGUCAUUGAAUGAAAUGCCAAAUGUAAAUGAGGUAAAGGAGGAAAAGACGAAAAAAAAGCGUCCCGGCAGGAAAAUUGCAACAAAAUCCGAUGGAACAGUCAAUGAUACGAAAAAACGUAAUUCAACAACCGGAAAGGCAUCGGCAGCGGCAAAGAAGCAAUGCAUGGAGGAAUUAUUAAAUAGUCAAAAAAGUCGCAUGGCAUUUCCGAAAGGUACCUUCCUGAUCCGAUAUUCCGACUUGGAAACGUUGGAUUGCGAUCAAAUUUGGUGUGUGGACAACCAUCACAUGCUGCUCAAGUAUCGUCUCUCUUCACAUAUCGAAGGGAAACGUCGUCUGUAUUUGAAAUCUCAACCUGAACGGUUCGUUGGCUGGAAAUGCGAAGAACCGUGGCAUUACUAUCAAUUAACGGUUCUUGAACGUGAUCGUGACGGUAGCAAAGUACUGAUAAUAUAUCCGGAUGCUAAAGAACUGGCGGAAUGCCGUGAAAAAGCAAAACGGCAAAAACAACUUGCGGAAGAAAUGAAGCAGGGCUUGGGUACAUCACAUAAUUCCGAUGAUGUUAAACUAAAUUUUGCUGAAAUAGGAAAAGGUCCGGCCAUCAAGGAAGAAGAACAUUUCAUGGUUACGGAUGAUCAGCGUUUGCAUGCGCAGCAGAAUAUUGAAGUUCAAAUGGCCGAUGAAGCAGCAAAUGCGAUCGAACGUUUUAUUCUGAUUAGCGAUGAUCAUUCCACUGCAAUGGAUGACGAGAAUGUGGCAGAAGAAGCGGUCGGGAAUAUUACCGAAGAGGAAAUGAUAACGAAUAGUGAAUAA